AAACCCAAAGCCCGAGGAGACAGAGAGUCCGUCCAUGGCGCCCUCCGCUCUGCUCCGCGCCGCCCUCCGCCACCGCGCCCGCAUCGCCGCCCCGCUCUCGUCCACCUCCCCGCUCACCCACACGCCUACACCUCCUCCCUUCCCCGAUCGCAUCCCCAACCCCGCCGCCCGGCGCCACCUGAUCACCCCAAGCCGCCGGCCAUGCCCGCACCCGCCCUCCUCCGCCUCGGCGGCGCCGUCCUCCUACUACAUGGACAUGUACAGGAUCCUGCUCCGCGCCAGCUUCUCGCACCCGCUCUCGACCUCCUCGCGCUCCACCGACCAGGGAAAGGAGAAGGAGAAAGAGGGCGGCGUCCCGCCGGUGUCGGUGUCGUGGGUGGAGACACAGAGGUGGCUCCCGGAGGCGGCGCGCCCGUACGGGAUGCUCGCUCGCCUCGACAAGCCCAUCGGCACCUGGCUCCUCGGCUGGCCCUGCAUGUGGUCAAUCACAAUGGCGGCAAUGCCGGGGGAGCUCCCUUACUUGAGAAUGCUGGCGCUCUUCGGAUGUGGAGCUGUGCUCCUCAGGGGUGCGGGUUGCACCGUGAAUGAUCUUCUCGACCGCGACAUUGAUAACAAGAGCUCAGUGCUGAUAGUUCUCUUAAGAUCUCCAGGUUGCGCACUCUGCCAUAAGUGGCCACUGAAUGCUGUAUCUAGCUACGAACAGUCCAUCAGUUUUCAGUGAAUUCAUGUGUGGCAUCAGUAAAGCUUUUACUUGGAAAUAACAACUGCAUGGUCAGGAGCAGUGCUUAUAUUAGUUAACUAGCAGUGCGACCCGCGCGUUUGCGCGGCUAGAUAUGACAUAUUUCGUGAACUAUCAUUUGGAAUAAUCAAAUAUAUUGGUUGCAGAAACAUAAUUAGGGAAAACCAUGCUUUUCUAUAGACAUGGUUUACAACUUUUUGUAUUGUCUUCGUGGCAAAGCUGUCAACAGAAGACGCUA